AUGUCGCGACGUUCCCCCUUCCUUCUCGCCACCCUCCCACCCACCUUCAUUCCCUCCCAUUACACGGACCCCCGGCAGGUCUUAAAGGAGGGCUUGGUCUCUCUGAAGGUGCCGUACGCGUACGGCUUCUCCAUCAUCCUGCUGACGAUCAUCGUGAAGGUGGUCUUAGAGGAGGGCCUAGUCUCUCUGAAAGUGCCGUACGCGUACGGCUUCUCAAUCAUUCUUCUCACCAUCAUCGUGAAGGUGGUGACGUUCCCGCUGACGAUCAUUUCUAUGAUGCCCCGCCCCUUCCUCUCCCAUCACUCACCCUGGCAGGUGUUAGAGGAGGGCCUAGUCUCUCUGAAAGUGCCGUACGCGUACGGCUUCUCCAUCAUCCUGCUCACGAUCAUCGUCAAGGUGGUCCUAGAGGAGGGCCUGGUCUCUCUCAAGGUGCCGUACGCGUACGGUUUCUCCAUCAUUCUUCUCACCAUCAUCGUGAAGGUGGUGACGUUUCCGCUGACGAAGAAGCAGGUGGAGUCGACUCUCGCGAUGCAGAGCCUGGCGCCGCAGCUGAAGGCGAUCCAGGCGCAGUACGCGGGCGACCAGGAGCGCAUCCAGAUGGAAACCGCUAAGGUCUACCAACGCGCGGGAGUGAACCCUCUUGCAGGCUGCCUCCCCACGCUCGCUACUCUCCCAAUCUUCAUCGGCCUCUACCAGGCCCUCAGUAACGUUGCUAAGGAGGGCGUGCUCACGGAGGGAUUCUUCUGGAUCCCCUCUCUUGCCGGUCCCACGUCCAUCGAUCCCACCGUCGAAGGCUCUGGCAUCUCCUGGCUCUUCCCCUUCGUUGACGGCGCCCCUCCGCUGGGUUGGGAGGCCACAGCAGCGUACCUUGCGCUGCCAGUGCUGCUGGUGGUGUCACAGGCGCUCUCCAUGCAGAUCAUGCAGCCGCCGCAGACAGAUGACCCAGCAACGCAGCAGAGCCAGGCGAUUCUCAAGUUCCUGCCGCUCAUGAUCGGCUGGUUCUCCCUCACUGUGCCCUCCGGCCUCUCGCUCUACUGGUUUGUGAACAACGUGCUGAGCACAGGACAGACAGUCUACCUGCGCAAGAUGGGGGGAGCCACCAAUCCAGCAGCAGCAGCAGGAGUGGUGGGGGCCGAUGGGGUCAUUGACGUGGGGCUUGUAGAACCCUCUGCACCGCCCAGCACCGCUGCGUCUGCUGUGUCUGCUGCUGUGGCGGCACCAGCAGUGACGGCGCCAUCUGCUGGGGCUGCUCCCAUUGGGCUGAGCAAGGAGGAGGAGGAGAAGGAGAGGGCCCGCGCUGAAAGGUUCCGGAAACGCAAGGAGGCAGAGGCGGCAAAGCGGGCGGGAAAGGCGGUGGGGGCUGAUGAGGGAGCGGCUGCAGCAGUCGACGUGGAUGACAAGGACAGGGAACGGGCGGAGAGGUUCCGGAAGCGGAAGGAGGAGGAGAAUGCAAGACGUGCAGCCAAGGCGGCAGCCGAGCAAGGCGUGAAACCAGCUGAGGCGCAAGUACCAUUUGUUGAAGCUGUUGUCUUGCCGCCAAAUGAAAAGAGAGAAGAAACGGAAGCACGCAAGGAAGAGGUUGUCAUUGUUGAAGUCGUGGAGGAGUCUUCAGCAAAACCUACUCUGCCAGCCGUUCGAAUCGCGUUUUACUCGUCGCCAUGGGACCCGUCCGCUUCCCCUUCAGUCGUCGACGAGUUUAUCCAGUUCCUCUUCGCGGCUCUCCUCCUCGCGCGCGCUUUUUGCGGCGCCGCUGCGAUCUGGCUGUUACACGUGGCGAGGCUCUCUUUCCGCCACGUGUCCUUCGACCGCAAACUUUCAGAACCUCGCACGACUGACGGACAAGGCGACUACUUGAGAGCAGAAAAUUUCCCGAAGGUGUCGUCUUUGCCCGCUGAACCGCCUCAAGAUAAGCCGGUGGACGCGAUAAGAACAACUAGCACUGAGGACGUCACCAUGAUUGCUAGAAAUGCGGAUGACGUCACUUUCAGUCUGGAAAUUCCCGUUGGUAAUAAGGAAGAUGACGUCAGGCAGUGCUGCAGCAGCGAUCGUGGGAAGGCCUCUGACGGGCAGGAGUUUCUCCAGGUGCUUUCAGCGGAGGUGAUUCAGGUGGUUUCAGCAGAAGUGGUAAAGAUGCGGGAGGAGCUGGUGGAGGUCGUAUCUGGCGUGGUAGAGGGGAGGAGUGAGAUUGGGGCGAGGAGGGAGAAUGCGGGGAAUAGGACGACGGGUGAGAGGAGAGAGGAGGAGGAAUUGGUAGUGGGAGACGGUAAACAGGAGGAGGCGAGUGGAACGGGAGAGGAGGACGAGGGGGGAAGAGGCGGCGGAAUGGAGGAGAUUAAUAGGACAGCGGAAUUGGCGAGGGAGAAGGAGGAAGAGGAGAGAAAGUUGGAGGAAGAGAGGAUGAAACAUGAGAGGGAGCAAGAGGGGGAGCGGCAAGAGAGGGCGGAAGAAAGGGCGGCGUUGGUGGAAACGCAGGAGAUCGUUUCUGGAGACCUACGGAGUGAUGUUCAGGCAGAUUCGGACAAAGAAGCCCAGUGGGCUGAACACCAGACUGCCUCUGAAGGUGCUGAGGCGGAUGUGAUCGUAGCGAGAGCAAGGGAUGCACAGGGAGGUGUGACUAUAACGGAGGGAGUUAUAGCAGGGGAAUGCACGAGUGCACAAGGGGGCGGAGCUGGUACACAGGAGAGUGUGAUUAUAGAGGAAGGAGAUGUAUCAGGAGAGGUGGGUGUCACUGCAGAAAGUGUGACUAUAGCGGAGGGUUGUGUGGCAGAAACCGCAGAAUCUGUUACUGUAACGGAUGGUGGUGCUGUAGAAGAGGAGGGAGAAGAUGGGGAAACAGAAGUGACGGCCGUGUCGACUUUGGAAGCAGCAGCAGCAGCAGCAUGUGGUGGUGGUGCUGAGAGUGUGACAGGUGAUGGGGAAGGGGGGUUGGAGAGGAGAGGCAGCAAGGCGGGGGAGAAAGGGGAGGAGGAGGAAGAGGAGGAAGAGGAGGAAGAGGAGGAAGAGGAGGAAGAGGAGGAAGAGGAGGAAGGGGGACAAAGGCGGAAAUUGCAGUUUCUUGCAUCGACUGAAAAUGGGAUGCAGGUGCAGGAGGAGCAGGAGGAACAGGAGGAGCAGAUGCGUCAGGAGGGGCAGGAGGAGCAGGGGUUGCGUCAUGAGGUGAAGGAUGAGAGAGAGAAGGGUAAGAGCGGGGAGGGGGAGGAGAAGGAAGAGGAGGUGAUUGAUCGGGCAAAGUUUCUCAAGAUUCUCAAGCAGCAUCAGCGGCAGCUGAAGCGGCAGCUGCAGCAGCAGGCCGAGGAGAAUCGCAGAGGCCACCGGGGGAGAGGAAGGAGCAACGGGGAUUCGGAGGGGGAGGGGGAGGGAGAGGGAGACGAGAGGGACGCGGACGAGGAGGAGGAGGAGGAAGGGGAAGAAAGGGACGAAUUCGAGGAUGAGGAUGAUUUGGCUGUGUUGCGCCGGGCGUUAGAGCAUGAAAUGGAGUUGGUAGAUUCGCUGAGACGAGAGCUGGAUCAGGAACGGGCGGCGGCUGACAGUGCCGCCCAGGCUAGCAUGGAGCUGAUUCGCCGGCUGCAAGAGGACAAAGCCGCCGCCCACCUUGCCGCCCGGCAGCGGGAGCGGAUUCUGGAGGAGAAGGCGGUUUAUGAUGAGGAGAGGGUGGAGGUGCUGAGGCAGAUCAUGCAGCGGCAGCAGGAGGAGGUAGAGUGGUUGGAAGGGGAGUUAGAGCGGUGCAGAAGGCAGUUGGGGGUGUUGUGGGAGGCUGGGAUGGCUGUGAUGGGGGAGGAGGAGGGAGGAGAGGGAGGGGGGGUGGGAUGGGGAGAGGGUGGAGGGAUGGGAGGGUUUGAGGGGAUGGGAGUGGCGGGAGGAGUGGGUGGGGUUGAUGUGGACUGGGCGCAGUUGCUGGGGGAAGAGGGGGUGGCGGAUGACAUGUUAGCGGGAGGGGAGAUAGGUCAAGGGGAGAUGGGUGGAGGGGGAAUGGGUGGGGGAGAUAUGGGAGGAGAGGUGAUGGGGGAAGGGGAGAUAGGGGGAGGACAGACGGGAGUGGGAAGAGGGGGGGGGCAGGAAGACGGAGGGGGGGGCGGAGAUUUAGAGACAGGGAAGGGAGGGGAGGGGGGGGGAGGGAGGGGGCCAGGAGGAGGGAGGAGGAGGGGGGUGGGUGAUGGUGAAAAUGACAAACAACCUUUUACAUUAUUAGAUAAGGAGAAGGGCGUGAGUGGUAUGGACGUGGGGGGAUUGGACAUGGGGGUUGCAGGGAGUAUUGAAGGGGCUGAAUAUUCAAAGGAGGAUGCUGGGAUGGGUGAGGAGAGUGAGAGGGGUGGGAGGGGUGAGGGAGGUGAGUUGAUGAAAGAAGAAGCGUUUGGGUGUCAUGCGGAUGGGCUGACUUGCGGUGAGAAUGGGGAUGAGGCGUGUAGUGAGGAUGGAGGGGAGUCGCCCAUUGCUGCAGAGUUUGAAAAUGGAGGAACGGAGAAGGAAGGAGAGAAGGAGGGGAAGGGAAGGAAGGAGGAGGAGAGGUUGGUUGAGUCGGAAGAGGAGGAGAGGAAUGAGGGGACGGAUGAGGAAGGUGAGGGGAGUAAGGAGAGAAGGGAUGAUGGGGCAGGCGAGAGGGAGGAGGGGCACACGGUUGUGAAUGGAGGGAAGAUGGAGGAGGGGGAGGGGGAGGAGAUGAGGGAGGAGAAAGGGGAGACAGGGGAGGGCGAAAAGGAGGAGGCAAAGGAGGAGCGGGAGGGGAGGAUGGAGGGGCAGCGUAGGGAAGAGGAGGAAACAGUGGAAGAGUGUGAUGAUGAGGAGAAGAAAGGGGGUGAGGUGGAGGAGCAGGUGGAGGGGGAGAAAAACGAGGAGAGCGGGGAGAAGGGAGAGAGGGAGGGGGGAGAGAAAGGAGAGGAGAAGGAAAAUGAGAAAGGAGAGGAGAAGGGGGAGGGGAAGAAGGAUGAGGAAGAGAAGGAGGAGGGUGAGGAGAAAGGAGAGGAGAAAGGGGAGGAGAAUAGGGAUGAGAAGAGGGAGGAGAAGCGGGAUGAGGAAGAGAAGGAGGAGGGUGAGGAGAAUGCAGGGCUUCUGGAUGAGAAGGUGAAUGGGGAUGCGGGUGGGAAUGCGGAAGAGGAAGGUUUGCACCAUCAAGAGAAUGAUGAGCAGAAGGACUUGGGGGAAGAGAGUGUGCAAAGGAUGGGGUCGAGUGGAGGUGAAUCGGGAGACCUGGACGAAGUGUGGCGCGAGUUUGAAGCGCAGAUAGACCCCUCUGCUGCAUCAGAGCACGGAAACGCAGCAGCUGAAGGGGAGGCCUCUUUCAUGGGUGUGCCGUCGCCGCUGCCGCCUCUCUCAGUGUUUGUGACGCCAACCAAGGAGCUGCAGCGCCUCAAGAGCUCGUCUAGAGCCAGCUCUGCUAGCGCGGGGGGCUCGCCCUUAGGGUCGCCCCAUGCAGCUGUGGCUGCGAGUGGCAGUGGGAGCAGCGGGAGUGCGUUUCGCUUGCCCAGGCAACUGACGCCGAAUGACCAGAUGAAGCGCGCACGACAGGAAGAGACGAGGAAGCUUCUGGACUGCCUGACUGUGCUGGACGUGGAGAGUGAGAUGCGGCUGCGGGAGCUGGAAGGAGGGGUGCUGCCCAAGUGA